UUACGAAAAAACCGUAUCCAUGGAGCUGAAAUACACCGAAGGCCCAGAUAUACGGUAACGGUAACACGUAACACUAAGCAGAGGGAAAAGGGAGAAAGUCGACACGUAGUUUCGGUGGUUUCUUUCCAUCGUCAAGGCGUGCCGUGAUUUCGCUAUGGAAUUUCUACUCAUAUGCACGGAGGAAGAAUAGGAAGCUGAAGAAGAGGAUGGUGCUCGGUUUCAGCAUUCAAGCCGUAUUGGAUUUGGUCGUCGCCGGGAUUUCUCUCGUCAUCGGUUUGGGAAUUUUCGCCCUUAUUGCUUCCAUUCUUUGCUCUGCCGCUUUCCUGCAGAGUGCCAAGGAUGUCUCCUAAUCCGCUGUCCGAUCGGAGGUACACUCUUCUGAUCUUCUCAAUUUUCAUCUUAAGCUCGAAUCGUAACCGUGUCCGAUUUGGUUCAUCGUCUGUUUGAUCUGAAUCUUGGACCCUAGCUUUAAUUCGACCUGUACUUUAGCCUGUCUGUUGUUUAAUUAGUAAAAAAAA